UAUAGCGAAACCUUAUCCAUUCUCUUCUUGCUUCAUCGUUUUCUUCGACGAUAUAUAAGGUCUCGUGGUCGGUCUCUCUCGUACUCAUUGCCAACUGAGUUGAAGUUUUUCCAUCCUCUUAGCUUCAUGUUUUCAGUCAUGGAUGGUCCUGCUCCUCAUGAUAAGGGAAUGGUGAAAAUGUUUCAAGAUGAACUGGAGCGAUUGAGGAAGGAGAAUGAAACUCUCAAAGUCAUGGUUGAAGUCAUUGGGAGCAAAUGCAAGAUCCUCGAAACCCAUUUCCAGGAAAGCCGUUGUCCUCCAUAUCAUCAUGACUGCAACAAGAGAGCGAGGAUUGAAGAAUCUCCGUUCACUAAAUCGUCUAAAAUCUUUGUCAAAGUCGAUGAGGAGGACAAGAGCUUGGUAGUGAGAGAUGGAUAUCAAUGGAGGAAAUAUGGACAGAAGGUCACGAAGGAUAAUCCGUCGCCUCGAGCUUAUUAUCGGUGCUCCAUGGCUCCGGGGUGCCCUGUCAAGAAGAAGGUACAAAGAAGCGUGGAAGACAGGACUCUUGUCGUUGCGACCUACGAAGGACUACACAACCAUGGGACCGUCGAUGCCGUCAACCGCGAUCACCUUCCUUCAUGCUCGGACCCUUCACCAAAAGGUCAGCUAGUGAAUCCCGAUUUUACACUGAUAACUGCAAUGCCGCCAAGCUCCAUACAACAGCCGGUCACUCUCGAUCUCACUCUCUCCGGAAGCAGUUUUGCUCAGAACCCCAACCCCUCUUAUCUAAACAAGAAUCUCAGCUUUGGCAACAGAAGCAGCGAUUGCGACAAGAUCGAAGAGUACGCGGCUUCUUUAGUUAGAGACCCAAAGUUCGCUGAAGCUCUAGCUCUUAUAGUUGCCCGUACGCUAAACAACUGAGUUGGAUGAUGUGCUGAUUCAGACAAAUUCAUUAGAAGCAUCAUUUGUUCUUCUUGUUUGUAGAAUUUACUAGAUUAAGUUUGAGGACAUUGCUUUGUCAAGUAGCUGUGAUUUCUAUUCAAGUUAUGAUGGAUCAAAUAGUUCAGGCAUUGCUAUACUGCAGUUACUCCUUACUGUUGACAACAUAUGGAUUUUUUAAUUAGUCCUCUGUCCUUUUCCUUUUUGUCAUGAGUAAUGUUUGGUAAUCUUGUAUGGACAAAAGCUAGAAACUGUCACUCAUUCUAGGUUCAUCAAGCAAUAAAUUAUGUAU